CCUUCUUUAUCUUUGAUUUUGCAUGUUAUUUUCAGAUCUAGGGUUUGUGGUGUCGGCGUUGCUUCAAAACGACGACCGCUAUAGUUGCUCUACAGAAGACCAAAAAUCAACAGCUCAAAUAGAAUUGUACUUGGUGUAAUGGAGGCAAGCACCCAAGAGUCUGUUGAUUCCACAGAAGAUUUUAAUAAUUAUAGUCCCAUCACUGUGAUGAUUUCGGACCCACAUGCGUUCGAUUGUUGCAAUUGCUGUCAAUCCUUGACCAUUCCCGUCUUUCAGUGUGUUAAUGGUCAUAUUGUUUGCUCCAUCUGCUAUAAUCAACUUCAACAAAAGUGUCUCCAAUGCUCGAAUUGCUUAAUACGUUGUAGAGCCUUUGAGAAUCUAUUGAAAUCUAUCGAAAUGUUUUGCUCGAACGAAAAAUAUGGGUGCAAGGAGAGGAUAAGUUACAUUAGAUAUAAGGAGCAUGUAGAAGAAUGCAUUCAUAUGCCAUGUUACUGCCCCCUUUCAAGUUGUGACUUUGUUGGCUCAUCAGAAGUGUUGUACAAUCAUUUCAGGCACCAACACGAGGAUUCUCGAAUCAAAUUUUCUUAUGGUCACUACUUCAUUGCCACCUUCAAGUUUAAUAAUGAAACAAUUGUGCUUCAAGAGGAAACUGAUUGCAAACUAUUUCUUCUCAAUAAUAGAGUUGUGACUCUGGGAAAUGCAGUCAAUAUUAGCUGCAUUGGUCCUUACUAUUCUGACCAACGCUAUCAAUGUGAUAUUUUGGUUAGGUCCCAAAUAUGCACUCUACAGUUACAUUCUUGUCUGAAGAACGUUCAACGUGUUACUUUAGCAACUAUUUCAUCAAACUUUCUAUUGAUUCCAUUUGAUCAUUUUGCUUGUUCUGAAUUUUUACAGCUAGAAAUUUGCAUAACCCCCAAGGUUGCGGUGCAGAUGCAAAUAUUGUUAAGGACCUUAGCUGGACAAAUGAUCCCCCUGAGCGUGGAGAGUUCAGACACGAUAGCCGAUGUGAAGGUGAAGAUUGUAAAUAAGUUAGGGCACCAACCAUACGAACAACAUAUGAUAUUUUCUGGUAGAAGGCUAGAUGACCACCACACCAUCGCCUAUUAUAACAUCCAAGAGAAUUCUAUCAUCAAUUUCAUCCCCGACUUAUGGGGGGCAUCAGCUGCGAAUAUUAAUAAGGACCGCUGAUGAUGG